AUGGGGAACCUAUCAUCUUCUUCUAACCAAAAAAAGUCUCUUCCCAUUGACACCACAUUCAAGCUUCCAUCUAACAUACCAACUUGGCCACAAGGUGGUGGAUUUGGUAGUGGAAUCAUUGAUUUAGGAGGUCUAAAAGUGUCACAAAUCUCAACAUUCAACAAAAUUUGGACAACCUUAGAAGGUGGACAAGAAGAUUUAGGAGCAACUUUCUUUGAGCCAACACAAAUACCUCAAGGGUUCUUCUCAUUAGGACACUAUAGUCAACCUAACAACAAACCUCUCUUUGGUUGGGUUUUAGUUGCAAAAGAUGAGUCCAAUGGAGCAUUGAAAAAUCCAAUUGAUUACACACUUGUUUGGAGUAGCAAGUCACAAAAAAUCAAACAAGACAAAGAUUGUUAUAUUUGGUUACCAAUAGCACCUAAUGGAUAUACCCCGUUAGGCCAUAUAGUUACAACCUCACCUGAAAAGCCUUCACUUGAUAGAAUCCAAUGUGUUAAGUCAGAUCUCACUGACCAAUGUGAGAUUAACUCAUGGAUUUGGGGAAAAGACAAGAAAAUUGAUGAAAAAGGUUUCAAUGUUCAUUGUGUUAGACCAAGCAAUAGAGGCACACAAGCUCAUAGUGUUCUUGUUGGAACAUUUUUAGCACAUGUUGGUGAAAUUACAAAUGGCCCUUUACCAAUUUCUUGUUUGAAAAAUUCAAACUUUAUGAGUUUUUCAUCAAUGCCUAAUUUACCCCAAGUUAAGGCACUAGCACAAGGCUAUGCACCUCUCAUGUACUUGCACCCAAAUGAAAAGUUUCAACCUUGUUCAAUUAAAUGGUAUUUCACAAAUGGAGCAUUGCUAUAUAAGAAAGAAGAAGAAGCAAAUCCAAUAGAAAUAGACCCAUUAGGCUCAAAUCUCCCUCAAGGUGGAAACAAUGAUGGUUCUUAUUGGAUUGAUCUUCCAAAAGAUAAAGCCAAUAGAGAAAGAGUCAAAAAAGGUGAUUACAAAAAUUUUCAAGCUUAUAUUCAUGUAAAACCAAUGUUUGGUGGAACAUUUACUGAUUUAGCCUUUUGGGUUUUCUACCCUUUUAAUGGGCCAGGAACAUUAAAAGUUGGGCUUAUAGAUAACAUUUCACUAGGUAAAAUUGGUGAACAUAUUGGUGAUUGGGAACAUGUUACUUUAAGGAUAAGUAACUUUAAUGGAGAGUUAAAAAGUGUGUAUUUUUCACAACAUAGUAAUGGCCAAUGGGUUGAUGCUUCAGAAGUUGAGUUUCAAAGUGGGAAUAAAUCAGUGGCUUAUUCUUCAUUGAAUGGUCAUGCUAUUUAUUCAAAAGCUGGACUUGUUCUUCAAGGUGUUAGUGAGAUUGGGAUAAAGAAUGAGACUAAGAAGAGUGAUAUGGUUGUUGAUUUUGGAGAUGGUUUUGAGAUUGUUUCUGGGGAGUAUUUGGGGGAUGAAGUUGUUGAGCCUAGUUGGUUGAAUUUUUUUAGGCAAUGGGGUCCUAAAAUUACUUAUGAUUUAGGUGAGGAGUUGAAAAAGUUGGAUAAGGUGGUGCCUGGUUUGAAAUUGCCUAAUGAGUUGUUGGGUGAGGAAGGGCCCACUGGGCCAAAGCUCAAGAGAAGUUGGAGCGGAGACGAAGUUUGA